UGUCUGCGAUAGCCGUUGGCCAGUUUAGUUGGCGUCUUUGUGUGGAACGGUUCGGUUCAGCUUGGAUCGUGGGCCACUCGAAUGGCGUCUCACUAAGCGAAGACAAACAGAAACUAAAGCAAAUAUUUAUAACAAAGUGGCGAUCAAAGCUUAUUUAUAAUGUGUGAAGAUUUAGUUUGGUCUUCUCUAUUGCUGCUGCUGCUGCUGCGGCUGUCGCCCGCCUCGGCCGCCUCGACUGCGCCGCCGAGCAGAGAAAGCGUUAACCAGCAGCAACUUGUCCAUUAUCCAGCUGGUGUGGAUUUCUUUGACCAUGAGUUCAGCAGCGUGACGGCAGAUGAGUUUGAUCCAUUCGGUCCAGAUAUUGGAGACGAUGAUCUGGGCAUUGACGAUCCGGAGACGAUGCCGCGCUUAUUUCAAGGCGACAUUGCCAUAGAUCCGUACACGUACAUCACGCUGCGCCUGGGCGUGAAUCCCAUGCGACAUCCGAAACGCUUGUGGCCCAAUGCAACGAUACCUUUUGAGAUAAGUCCACGGUAUGACAACAGGGAGCGUAACUUGAUAGUGAGUGCUUUGAAGACAUUCAAUUCGCUCACCUGCAUCCGGUUUACGCCAUACGAUGGCGAGGUGGAGGAUUACCUGCUCAUUGAACCACCCGAAGAUGGGCCGCAAGGCUGUUGGUCGUAUGUCGGCAAGCGAGGCGGGGAACAGGUGGUCGCGUUGCAGCGACCCGAUGAGACAAGCGCCCACUGCUUCAGCAGCGAGGGCCGUAUCAUGCACGAGCUGAUGCACGCCAUUGGCAUAUACCAUGAACAAUCCCGUGCUGAUCGUGACAACUUCGUCAAGAUUCACUGGGACAACAUUGUGCCGCGGUUCAAGAAGAAUUUCAAGCUUGUCUCGCGCAAGCGAGGCAAAUACGCCUUCGACUAUGAUUACAAUUCGGUAAUGCAUUACGGAGAGUACUAUUUUAGCAAAAAGAAGGGCGAGAAGCCUACGAUGACGCCACUGCAGCCGGGCGUAAGAAUUGGUCAGCGAAAGACAAUCAGUAAAAUUGAUUGCUUGAAGAUAAACGAUUUGUAUGGCUGUCUGAAGGGUCGGCGUGCCAAAAUGUAUAGAAGCUUUUGUCAUUUGUUAGGUUUGUAAGCGUUGCACUAUUUAUUGUUAUUUGAAUCACAUUGAUUUACUUAUUUAAUAAAUUAUAC